CACUAUGGCUUCCAUCAAUAUCUACCUUUACUAUGCAACAUAUUGGUGUUUGGGUCAUUAAUUCUCUGACGUUAGGUUAUAUUGGUUAUAUUAGCGGAAAUGAUUGAUUGUAAAAUUGAGAAAUUUGAAUGAAUAGCUAGGUAAGGAUAUAAGAAUUUAAACGAUCGAUAUCAAAGGACUGAGACAUAUCGUGAUGGCAGACUGUCCGAUACUCAACAAUUUGAACUCUAAUAGCGAUGUGACCACAACGUUGAACAAAGGUGAACUGCGGCUAUCCACAUACACCAGAACAGUCGGAACUACAGUUAACCUGUCCUGUUUGGACGACUUUACCCUUGUUGGUCAGAGUUCAGUCACGUGUAAGACGGGAGGAUGGGAUUAUACAGACAAACCAUAUUGUAAAGCCAACUCAACAUCUGAUGGGUUAUCUACUGGGACAAAGAUUUUAAUAGGAGCCGUGGUAGGGGGCGUUGCUCUGGUUCUAUUCAUCAUAAUCCUGAUAGCAUGCUGUAUGCGAAGGAAAUCAAGGAAAGCAAAAUCUGAUCAAGAGAAAUUUUACAAUCACUUGCAAGAGGAAAAUACUCCGAAAGGACAAAACCCAGGAGAAAUGAUUGGUGAAACACAAUAUAAACCUCCGUCCUAUGCUGCUGCAUGGCCCGCAAUGACUCAUUCUUUUAUGAUUGGAAAAAGAGAGUUCCCAUUCAGAAAUCCGGAUUCUGAUGCGGGCAUCCAUGCUGGUAAAUCAAUUUGGGAUGGCAAUGAUUAUUUCAUCGGAAAACCAGAAAUAGAUUCCGAAAAUAAAACGGAAUCCAAAACGGAGAAUCUUUCGUCUACUAAAACGUCUGAAGGGCAAUACAGCAUCGGGAAUACUGCUCCUUUUCAGAGUGAAAGAAGACAAAACCCGGUUGAAUAUCGUCAAAGGUCGAUAUCUAGUGAUGUUGAUAAUAGCUAUUCACAAUUUGUUCAUCCAAUUUCAAACAGAUACUCAUUUCAAAGAGAAAUUUCAGACAGAGUAAAAAAUGAUUCCGACUCAGAUGAUCGUCGUACUUUUUCAGCAACAAACAUGGGCCGAAAUGGAUGGGACGAUCGAAAGGUCAUUUCGACACAAGCCUUAAGACGGGGAAACAAUAUUGACGAUGACGUGCGCAUUCCGUCCAGAUAUUUGAAAUCAAGAUCAAUUGACGAUCAAACGGAAGAAAAACGAAGAUACAGCGACGACUCCGUUCAGCAGAGAAACACCAGACCAUUCGUCUAUGAAGUUUCAUCAGAUAAAUCGGUACUUCUGAAAUCGUCACAAAAUGGUUCGGAAAAACCGAAUGAUUCGAAGAAUCAAGCAAACGAGAAACCGAAAGGCGUUUACCAGGGUAACUGGCCCAUGCGAGACGAUUUAAAAAGUUUAACAGAAUUCAACAAAAGAGCUCUUCUUCACAAUAGAGACCCGUUUCUGUGGAGACCUGUUGAUAACAACUUUGGAUUUGAUGCCGUUUUUAAUUCAAAAUUCUAACGCAUUUGAUUUUCUACAUACAGUUUAAUGUCAUAUCAGACUGAAUUCACUGAGUUUUAAAGAUGUGCAUGGUGUUAUUCCUCAGAAAGUAGACACAUACAGGUCACACUUAUAUGUAAAGCUUGGUAUCUAUCUAUACCGUCCAUUGAAAAGUCAUCAAAGAUAUCAGGCUUCCUUAACAUUGAAGUGAAAAAUACUCAAUAUCAUAUUUGUGUAACGUCAUAUUCCUUGGUAUCACAGAUACAAUGUAUUGGUUUAUAAGUUUUUUUAUCAUGUAAUAAAAUAUUUAUAUUUUU